AUGUUCGUUCUACACUCCUGGCUCAGUUACCAGGGACCAUAUUUUGGCGGUGAUGGAGCUACACGCUCGCAUCAAUUUACUGGCCGACAGAAGCAGGGAGCUCGCUACAACGACGACGGUGGUUCUGUGAUCCAUCAUGGACUUGGGAGACAUGCCAAGUUCGUGUCGACCGAAGACCAAAUCGUCUUCUUCAAGCUCCUCCUGGCCUUCGAGUGCAUCUACGUCACUGCGGUAAUGCUUGUCAAGCUUGCGCUUCUGCAGAUGUAUCUACGCAUCUUCCCCUCUCGUCGCUUCCGACAGAUCUCAGCCAUCAUCGCAGCGGUGGUUAUCGGCUGGUGGAUAUCGAUUUGUGCAGUCAGCAUCUUCCAGUGCGAUCCCAUCAAACGGGCGUGGCUACCGUGGAUUGACGGCACAUGCAUCAACCUGAAAGCUUCCUUUAUCGGCAAUGCGAUUCCUAAUAUCGCGACAGAUGUUGCUAUCUUGUGUAUGCCCGUGAAGCAGAUCCUAAAGCUGCAGGUCAGCCUGGCGCAGAAACUAUCAUUGCUGGUGAUAUUUCUGCUAGGCAGCUUUGUCUUGUUUGCCAGCAUUUACCGGUUCACGACUAUUAUGCAAUUCGAUCCCACCGAUACUACAUGGACACUUGCCACGGCUUGUACAUGGUGUGUCGUGGAAGCGGCCUGUGGAACCAUAGCCCUUUGUCUACCCACACUGAGACCUCUCAUGCUCAUGGUCUCGUCAAAGUUCGACAGUAUGCCCGGCACUUCAACGGCAGGUUUCGGUCACCACUCUAACUUACCCACGGAACUUAUCACGAUUGGAGGAACCGGUAGAACGAAGACUGGGCAGAUGCACCGGAUACUCAGCAAGAAAGAUUCGAACGCGAGUCAACAGGAACUGAACCCAGCAAAUAAAGAUAUCCCGCAUCAUGAUAAUAGUAGUGACGGGAGAUCGGCAGAUGGGUCAGCAUUACGGAAGGAGAGGGACGAUGAGCAUUGGAUAGGAUGA